AUUCCACCCCCCUUCAUUAGUGAGACAGGAUUCCAUUAACAAAUUACUUUCUUUUCUCUCAUAUUUAGCUCAAGAUUUUCUUUUCCAAAUUCCAUUAGGAAGAAAAUAAAAACUUUCUUAUUAUAGACAAAUCAAUCUCCAAACCCACAUGUGUGCACAUAACCAUUUUUAAUUUUGUUCUCUUGAUUUCAUAGGGCAUCAUAGGUCUUUUCUCCCAACAAAGAAACAAAGUCCAUUCCUUUAUGAUCAUUUCACCUUUUUCUCUUCACAAUCUCAUCAGGAUUUUGAUUCCAAUAAGAAAUUGCCCAUCUUUUCUCAUCAGGGCAUCUGUUCUUCCACUUCUCUUUUUGUCAUUGAUCUUCGUAUUUAUAUCCCUCUGCGGCUUUGUCUGCAAAUACCCAACUCAAGCCAUGAAGGUUCAUCCUUUACCCAAGAAGCAAAACAACAUCGCAAUCCGAUACCAAAACAAUAUAACGGCAAACCCAUCCUCGGUUGGGUCCAACAAGAACCUCCGGCGGUUGCCCCACAUCUUUAGCCGGAUCUUAGAGCUGCCCUUCCGGUCGGACGCGGAUGUGUCGAUUGAGGAGAGUGACGACUGCUUCCGAUUUGUGGCGGAGACGGAGGACAUCGGCAGGGAUGUGAGGGCUCAGGCUAUUGAAAUUCAUCCAGGGGUCACUAAAGUUGUGGUGAGGCCUAAUGGGUAUGUUGAAUUCUCAUUGGUUGAUGAUCUUGAAUUGGAUAUGUGGCGGUUCAGGCUGCCGAAUACUACACGGCCAGAGCUGGCUAGCGCGGAGUGGGCAGAUGGAGAGCUGAUAGUGACUGUGCCAAAAGGGGAGGAAGAUGGGGAUGGGGAGGAGGCAGAGGAGGUUUGGGGAGAUGGGGGUGAUGGAGCUUACAGAGGAGGUAUGGGAAAUAGUAGGCUUGUGCUUGUACAGUGAUGAUGAUGAUAGCAUAGCUGCUUUCCCCCCCCUUGAAUGAAUGUUAUUAUGGAUUUUUAAUUUGCAAGUCAGUUGUUGAAUGUUACUGGUAACAGGGAUUAACCCCUUUUGUAUGCUUGUUUUCAUGGAAUCUAAGAAAUCAAGGAUUUAUUUUAAAUGAUCA